UUAUUCCGUAUGGAAGAAUGAUAUUGGGUCGACCACGCGGCUGAGGCUGAGGCAGCCCGCAUGGCGGUGAUCGAUAUAAUAUGUUACCAAAUCCAAUUAUCCUUGGAAUUUAUCCCACUUCUACUGCCCCCUAUCAGUAUCUAUUAUAAACACCCAGAAAACGUAUAUUAUAUCCUUAUUAUUUUUGCCCCUUAGGUUUACCAUCAUCAACCGUGAUGCCCUUUUAUCCUGGGCAAGGUCGGGCGAUCCAAGAGAUCAAAGAAAUUUAUAAUAAGCUUGCACAACUUCGCAGGCAGAUUCCGAAGGUCGACACAGAUCAGGACCAAGAUACUGAAAUCGAAGAACCCGGACAGCGUGCAAAUAAGGGAGGAGGCAGGUGGUGGCAUAAUAUGACCGGAUUCUACGAAGGCAUCACGCAGCAGUCCGAGGGAUGCGGACUACCCAGAGGUAAUGAUCUGGAAAUAAAACUGCGCCUACAAUGAAGUCUAAACAUAUGCUAAACGGGUUUAGCCUCGUCGAGUGAGUGUGUGAAGCGCUUCCCUGAAGCUUUCCGAAACCCUUUAAUGAUACCAUACAUCAAAAGUCCGGUUCCGAUCUAUGUCUAUCCACAUGCCGAGGAAUAUAUCGGUACGGCACAUCUUGACAGAUUUAAGGCAGUCGUUAAUAUAUUCAGACACUCGAUCGAGCAGAAUCGUAAAUUGUCAACAGCGAGGGAUUGGAUGGAGAAGAUAUCAUACAGCCUUGCGAUGUGCGGCACAGACAUGGCCAGUGCUAAAGCUUCGAUAGUCGUCUCAUGUCCUAGUGGCAAUGAUAAAAUGGUGAGACAAGUCAUGAUAGUUCUCUCCAAGGAACAUAUUCUUGACCAAUAUGCACAUGGACAUACCGAAGUGUCCUACCAGUUAUAUAUCUGGAGAGAAGCAUUUAAAUACGUUGGAGGGACGGGGGAUUUUGUCGACAUCCACUUCAAUAGUGGAUAUUCUCUGUGUGGUUCUCCAGUCACCGACGUUUCGGAGGGAGUUCGCCUCUCUACAGUCGCUUGUAUUAUCAGGAUAGAGUCCGAAUUCUUUGCACUCACUUCAGCCCAUCCCUUCGAAUCUGAAGAAGAACCGCAAGAUGACCCUGAGACUCCAGAAGAUACAGAGUCUAACCCCAUAAUAUUCGGUGGCGUUGAAUAUGAUUUUACUGAGACGCCGUCGCCUCAGUCUAGACCUACAAGGAGUAUCAACGCCAAACACUCAUCGCAUACCUUUGAGUAUAAGCAACGACUAUUUCGCCGCCCCGUGAUUAGUUCAUCGCUAUCGACAUUAAAAUGCGUACCAGGUCAGCCUAAUCUGGACUGGUCUCUUCUGAAGUUGCAAGAUGCGAAGAACGUGGAACUAAACUCGGUCCAAAUAAUGGGACCUCAACAAGUCGAAAAGACUUACUAUAUUGACACCGAGCCGAGAACCAGACCGUCUAAGCAACGCCAUGUCCGAAUUAUCACGUCACACCACACGGAGUCCAAAGGGACAAUCAGCCCAAUCCCCACCUAUAUAUCCAAUCAGAGAGACAACCAUGACCUCUGCGAAGUCUGGACCGUCUCACUAACCUAUGGACGAGGACUUGAGAUCGGUGACUCCGGGUCUCUAGUGGUAGACGAAGAAACAUACGAAGCGUACGGCCAUGUUAUCGCGGUCGAUCCCAUGGGUAGAAUAUUCGUCAUCCCGCUUGUCAAUACCCUGAGCCAAAUCCAAGGUUUAUUUGGAACCAUGGAUGUAGAUCUUUUCUCCAAGGACUGGAUUAUGCUUCCCAGCCGGCCUUUUAUACCCCCCAACCCGUAUGAUUCAACGGGCUGGCACAAACUUGGGGGUUGAAUGUCUUUUCGUAGUUAAUAUAAAAACUCCGAGAAAGCACGGUAGGAACAAGGGUUAGUAGCUAUCGAGUAAAUCGCGACAAGUUCUGGAGUCUCGCAUACUUAAGUUGGGUAUAAAUUAAUCCUCUCUUUCUACCCAGCUAGAUUAUCGAUAGAUCAAUUGAAACAACCAUAAGCCAAGGCCCGCUAGCAAAUCAAGAAAUGUUCGAUGAAUUACCUCCCCAGCUUCUAGUCCCUUUGAGAAGUCGAGUAUAUCUACCUCUUAUUAUCUUCAUACGGUAGUUAGGCCUCUGAUGUGGGUCUCAAAGCUACCCAAAAGGCUGGCCGCGUCUUAUUAUAGAAACCCAUGUGUAUAGCACAUGCUGCAACGGUAUGGUCUGCUCUAUGGUUCCUGGAGCCCGUUCUUUGGACUACCAUCUACUAUAUCUCGCACCUCAUUUGUGCCACGUGCUCUAAGCUCCAGCUCAACCACACCGCUCGGUCCUAACUAGGCCAGCAACAUAUGUACACGUUGAGUUAGUUUCGGUAGUUAAUAACGGAAGGCUACCUAUUCACGAUAUCUUCACUG